UCCAGUUUGGAUGCACCCGGAUUCCCCUUCGUGUUGGUCGGACAGCUAUCGGCCACAAGUAUGCGGUGUCCCGCCGUCACGGCUGCCCCUCUGCUGCCUCGUGGCGCCAAUGUGAUUCCAACAAGCCGAUCACGUAGCCGUUCUGCGUCGCCCACGGCGUUAUCCGAAGCGUAGACUCAGCUGUUUUCUUCAACUGGUCGGUCCCAGACAGCACUCGGGCGUUAUGACAACCACCUGCGGAGGUUUCUUCACGUUGACGCUGUUAGCAUGCCUGCUGCCCUGGUGUAGCCCUAGUGCUCAGGGCAACCGUGCUGAAAGGGUGUUCUCGCAACUGAAAGCGUUGCGGGACUGCGAGCAGCGGGCGUUCUACGAUUCUCGCACUAACAAGAACGACACCCCCCGAUGCGACUGGAGGUUCGAUGGCUGGCACUGCUGGCCACCAACCGCUCCGGGAGUUGUGGCCCAGGCGCCGUGUCCCGGUCUCAUGCCUGGAGUUGUAAAUUCCUCAGGUACGGCAUUCUACCACUGCCUCGCGGAAGGUUCUUGGAAAGGCCCAGUUGCGCAUACGGCUAUUGCACAACUAAAAGGAAUCUAUGUUUUAACUAAACCGGACAACUUGAUCGGCAACACAGUAGGCAUGGUGUCUGCAAAAGCGGCGUACGACUUCGCCGAAUAG